GGAACAUUUUUAGAAAAAAAAAAUCUAAAGAGGUGACAAAGCCGCAAAAAUGAAAUCUAAGCAAAAAUCUCCUAUUUCCGGCCACGCUUUUGCCACACACGCACACAAAUCUCCACCUGCUCCUCUCGUUUCCUUUCCUUCCUCGACGCUCUCUGCUCCCUCGACCUACCUUUUAACCCCCACUCCACCAAAUGAUCCCAUCCCCCAAUUACCCCAUUGCGUCUCUUACAACAUAUUCUCAGAAUCUUCUCCCCCUCCCCUCUUCUCUCUCUUGUUUAUGCCGUAUGCUGCUGUUCUCUCCCCCUGGGAAAUUGACUCUGUUGAACCGCCCAGGUUCGUCGGUCCUCGAGCAGAACCGCCAUGUGCGUGAAGGACGAGAUAGGGGAGGUAUCGGAGGAGACGGAAAAGUUGCUAUCUUGCGAUGCUACGGUGGGGAAAAGCUCCAGUUUUGACAAUCGCCCUAUGAAUAGAAGUGUGAAUACAGUCGCGAUAGAUGAUGUGAAUCCAAUAACGGACUUUGUCCCCAUCAUUCGUUCGGGGGAAUGGUCUGACAUUGGCACCCGAUCGUAUAUGGAAGAUACUCAUAUAUGCAUCAGUGAUCUAGCUAAAAAGUUCGGCUGUCGUAACCUCAAAGGAGAGGCUAUUUCCUUCUAUGGAGUAUUCGAUGGGCAUGGAGGAAAAGAUGCUGCACAUUUUGUACGUGACAACCUACCGAUGGUCAUCGUGGAAGAUUCUGAUUUUCCUCUUGAGCUUGAAAAGGUUAUUGUUAGAUCAUAUUUGGAAACCGACUUACAGUUUGCGAAGACAUGCUCUCCUCCACUUACCCCAACUUCCGGCACAACCGCUCUAUCAGCAAUGAUACUUGGAAGAUCUCUUCUGGUUGCAAACGCUGGAGAUUGCCGAGCAGUGCUUUCCCAACGAGGCGUGGCUAUAGAAAUGUCGAAGGACCACAAGCCUUCUUGUGCAAACGAGCGAAAGCGCAUCGAAUCUCUCGGUGGCUUCAUAGUAGACGAUGCCUACUUAAAUGGGGAGCUUGCCGUCACUCGAGCCCUCGGUGAUUGGGGUUUCGAAGGCUUGAAAGAUAUUGACCAGCCGAACGGGUUACUCAUUGCUGAACCAGAGCUGAAAAAGAUCAUGUUGACAAAGGAGGACGAAUUCUUACUGAUAGGCAGUGAUGGCAUAUGGGACGUCUUCUCAAACCAAAAUGCUGUAGAUUUUGCAAGGCGACAGCUGCAAGAGCACAAUGAUGCGACGACCUGUUGCAAAGAACUGGUCCAGGAGGCGAUGAAGCGCGGUGCUAUGGACAAUCUCACAAUAGUUAUGGUGUGCUUUCACAUGGAUCCCCCUCCUGCUCGUACCGUGCAACGACGUAGACGUACUAUAUCGACAAAGGGUUUUCAUACCCUCAGUGACCUACUAAAAGAGAAAGUAGCAUCACCAACUAGUUUAGAGUGACAUAGAUUUCAACCGGCAUAUCUAUAGGAAGUGACUAAUCGUCUGUAAUUGUAGAAAUUAAAGGCAUAUUAUUUUCCCAGGUCAUUCUUGGGUGUGCAGGAUAGUUCAUG